AAACUCGUAAAAACAUGUUAUCUAUCUAUAACAUGUUUAGUUUAUGAUGUGUUAUGGUUCAUACAAAUAAUGGCUAGUCGAAAAGAUAUUUUGAAUCUUUAUCGAAACUUAAUUCGAGAAACUAAAAAAUGGAAUCUUUAUAAUUUUCGGAUGUAUACUUUACGUAAAAUUCGAUAUGAAUUUCAACAAAAUAAAACAGUACAAGAUAAAAAGAAGAUUAAUGAGUAUUAUAAUAAAGGACUGGAAAAUCUUGAGAUUAUUAAGAGACAAGUAAUAAUUGGGAAUCUUUACACUUUUAAACCAUUAAUUAUUGAAACUAUUAAAAAAAAUAAUAAUUUAAAUUAAAAGCAAAAAUUUGUAAUUA